AUUAACCUAGUAAUAGCACUACUAACAAACACCGCACUAGCCUCUUUAUUGGUCCUCAUUGCCUUCUGACUCCCACAAUUAAACUCCUACGCAGAAAAAACAAGCCCCUAUGAAUGCGGAUUUGACCCUAUAGGAUCAGCCCGCCUACCUUUCUCUAUAAAAUUCUUCCUAGUAGCCAUCACAUUCCUUCUUUUCGACCUAGAAGUCGCCCUCCUACUUCCUCUCCCAUGAGCAACCCAAACAACAAACCUAAAAACCAUACUCAUUAUAGCCCUCACCCUAAUCUCACUCUUAGCAAUCAGCCUAGCCUACGAAUGAACUCAAAAAGGGUUAGAAUGAACCGAAUA